UCUACCGUCUCAGGCAACAAGGUCGCCAUAUUUUCGAAGAGUUACUGCCCUUAUUGUGCCAAUGCCAAGGCACUUUUUGCCAAGGAGUUCCCGGGUAUCACGCCGACGGUCGUUGAGCUAAAUCUGCGAAAGGACGGGCCCGAGAUUCAAUCAUACUUAUUGGAGAAAACUGGGCAGCGAACAGUUCCCAAUGUGUUCGUCGCCCACAAGCACAUAGGAGGAAAUGACGAUACGCAGGCGUUGUUCAGAGCGGGAAAGCUCGCCCAACUACUUCGAGUCCGAUCGUGA